UAUGACCCGGUUACAAAUCUUUGUGUGCUUCGAACACUUUUGUAUAGUGGAAUACAGACUAGGCCUAAAUCCAUUGAUAAUAUGAGGGAAGCAGUAAGCGAACAGGCAGAGUUCCAAAACAUGUUCUUGAUACAAGGACAUACGAUUACACAGAAGAGAGUUUAAAUGAAAUCUGGAACAAAGCUGUGUCUAAUCGCAGAGCAUCCCAAGAAUACAAUAUUCCAAAAAAUAUAUCACACUUAAAAAACCAAAACAGAUUACAACAAAAGUGUGGGCCAAAAUGAAAAGGAGCAAAUAAUAAUUGUGGGCCAUAUUGUUGAAUUUUGUCUUAUAGGUCUCUAACUAUGAAUUUCCUGUGGAUUCUUUUGAUCUUGGAUGUGUUAAAAAAAUAUGCGAUAUGAAUCACCGUGAGGAAAAUGAACCACGUUUUUAACAAAAAUUUACCAGGAAGAGAUUGGGCAGAUUUAUUUAUGAAAAGACACAGAGAAAUUUUAACUCAGAGAACUGUAAAUAACAUUAGUUACUCUAGAGCAGCUAUUGAUGAAGAUGUUGUGAAUAUUUUUUGACAAUAAUUUUCAGGAGGAACUGAGUGGAAUUCCUGGCCCGUAUAUUUAGAACUACAACGACACAGAUCUUGUUGACGAUUCUGGAGUUGGGAAAAUUAUUACAAAGAGGGAAGUGAAGUACCCUGAGAGGAUUAAAAAUUCCUCUAAAGCAUGCACAUCAAUCAUGAUAGCCGGAGAUGCCGUGGGGGUUAUGGCCCCGUUCUAUGUAAACUACAAGUCUGAGAGAUUUGUAGUACCUAGACAGAAAACGACUCUCCUCUUGCACGGUAUAACAGGUCAAAAUCAGGUUGGUUCAAUGGCAAUACCUUUAAGGAUUGGUUCAAAUUACUUAUAUUGGACAUUCUGACACACCAAAAAGGAACGAAAGUUGUUAUAGGAGAUAAUCUUAGUAGUUACUUCAAUCUGGAGGUUCUGCAGCUCUGCGAAUAAAACAACAUAACAUUUAUAGCACGUCCGCCGAAUGCAAUUCACCUUUUGCAGCUACUUGACGUGGCGUACUUUCGCCCUAUGCAAGGAGCCUGGCGAAACGUCCGAUUUUAAUCUGUGCCAAAGUACGAAAAAAAACCUGUCCUUCAUUGCUAAAAAAAACUCUUGGACAGAAGGGCUCAGACAACUUAAUCACUGGGUUCCACUAAUUAGGAAUUUACCCAACUAGCAAAGCGCUGGUCUUGAAAAGGAUGCCCUCUGGAAGCCUGGUUGACAGCGUUUCUUCCAUCGUUGGAGAAAGUUUCUUUGAUUUCAUUUCAAAGAAGCGAGAUGCCGUAACUAAACCCCGUCUAAAGAUUAGGAAAAAGAAGUUAAAUGUCCCUACUGGUAAAAACAUUUCAGCAGAGGACAUUGAAGCUCAGACAACGUUAGCCUAGUACCAACUGAAAAUGAAUUGGGCCUAAUUAUCAGCCCGGCACUUCAAGAAUACAAAAGCUAUUGCAGGUAAAAGGUGGCGAAAACAACAAAAGACAAAGUAAAGGAAGUAUACUAAGAGUCGGUUAUCCGUACAGGAUUCCCCAGACUCUGAGAUCUUGAGUGAUCUUUAACCACAGCCUUCUCCACCUGUGUAAUCUGUGAAACUUUCAGAUUUUCUCAAUCGCCUAAAGAAGGGAGACUGUUUUAGUAUAAUAAAAAGGAGAAUUAUACCCCGGAAAAUCACUGAGAUAAACAACGAAGAUGCUUUGAUUAUCUCAAUAAGUCUGGGAUCGAUUAGAAAUAGCCAUCAAAAGCCGAUCAAAUAACGUACACAUUGAACACAAGAAAUAGUUCAGCAAAUAAACCCCCCGGAACAAGUUGGUUGUAGGGAGAUCUUUAAAGUAAAAAGACCUUGGGUAUUACUGAAAACUCUUUGAAUUAGACAUACAGUAAAUAAGUUAGGUAUGUAACUAUCCUACAUCUAUGCAAAGGUACAACAGAUAUGAAAAUAAUAUACCUAAUUUUAAGCUUGGCAAUGUUUAAUAACCUAAUUUUUAGUUUUGUAACGUUUUUUUAUCCUUAUUUGAAAUUUUGGAACAUUGUAUAUGUAAGUUAUUGGAUUUCCUAUCUACAACAUUUCUAUAAGUAAAUUUACAUUGGUGUUUGUAUCAGAAGUUCUAAAUAAAAUAAAGCAUUUGGCUAACAUUAGGACAUAUUUAAUUUUUCCUAUGUAUUCAAUGGGAAACAGUGCUGUAACAAAGUUAACCAACUUUUAUCUGUAGGGUAAAAUUGGAACAAAUUUGGAAGAGUGUGAUAAGGUAAUUUAAGAACAAAAUGCUACAAAUUCCAAAAAAAGAAAUACGAGAUUAUUAGUUAGCCUUGAUAUCAGGAAAUUAUUUUAACAGAUAUUGUAUUUAGUUGCAGAAAACUGUAAAAAAUCGUUCCAAAUCGUUCCUGUUUACGGAAUGUGUUUUUGACGUUGUAUUGAUAAUAAUUAAUUUAAUGUUCAUAUGUUCAGUCCUGAUAUAGGUAUAUGUAAUUUUUACAAGUCAUUGGCAACACUUCUAGCGGAUGGAGGAUAUCUGAGAUGCGUCAUCGUUAUCGUUAUCAACAUCAACCUCUUCCUUAGUUGAUUUCCUUCCCUUAUACUUGGUUGGAAGAACUGUUGAACAAAGAUAUUUUAUAUAAUCGUGUGUGUUGAUGUUAACAAUAAUUAUUGGUCCUAAGUUUACUUCAGAGUUUCUUGUAUUCUUCUAAAUAGAAGUUUAAUACUGAAAAUCUCUUGUAAAGACAAUGGAGAACUUGUCUACAGAGGAACUACAGAGCACAUUCCAGUCGUUAGUGGACAUCACUUUAUGUUCUAUCUGCCUGGAAACGGUGAGACCGGAGAUGGUGCAGUGUGUCAACGGCCACUUGAUUUGCUCUGACUGCAGAGGAGAACUGGAAACAUGCCCAACAUGCAGGGACACUUUCUCAAAUGAUAAGCCAUCAGGUAUCAUCACACAGAUUGUGGAGGCUUUGCCCCCUCGGUGUCAUCACAAGAACUGCGGACGCUACAUCAAUAGGAAUGACGACGACCAUCAAGUUUACUGUGGCUUCAGACUUACUCAGUGCAAGUUUGUCGACUGUGAGUGGAACGGCUGCAGCCAAGACAUACUACAACAUGUAAUUGAUGAACACAAUGAGAUGCUCUUCGAGAAAGAGUCUGAUGUUGUCACUUUGAAUGAUUUCAAUGUGGAUGAGAACAUUUCAGUUGUGUAUGCUUGGUACAUACAUAGCCAGUUUUUCUGGCAUGAAAUAGUGAACAAUGCAGAAAAGAAACAGUUGAUCCAUUCUUUUGUUUCGGUUCCAAUUAAGAAGCCUAAGAACAAGUUUUAUGUCAAAGCGGUUUCCACUUCAAAGGAUAUGAAAUUUAAAGUCAAAAUUAAACUGUCCCUAGAUCCGAAUGUUACAACUGAGGAUACUAAUUAUAUUUCAAUACCAAAAUUCAUGCUGCCUCAGUUUGUUGAUGAUGAAAGUAACCUGACUUCACAUAUUGCAUUUAAAACAGGUGAAAAUAGAAUAUAAUUUGUAUUGUUGCAUAAUCAGAUUAGAAUUACUUUUAUCCAGUAUAUCUCUUAUCAUUUAUAAGCCAAGCAGAUAUGUGCUAAAUUAAUUCUUAAAAAAGGGCAUUAACUUUAUUAGUAUCAUGGAAACAAGAACAACUCCUGAAAUAUUUCAAUAUAAUUGUUUAAAACUGUAUUUCUAAAUAACGUAAUUAAAAAAUAUGUAUUCUGUAAUAACAUUGGAUUCAUCAACAUAUAAAUAUUUUGCUUGUCAUGUUUUUACGUUUAUCUAUAUUGUUAUGUCAUUAUUGCUUUUAUGUAUCCCAUUACAUAUCAAUUUGAAUCAGAAUGUUCUAUAGGGUAUAUAUUUUAACUGGAAAUAUUUUGUGGUGAUAUAUACAGGAUAGGAUAGGAAUCCACCAAAGAGAAUCCUUUUUUAAAGAGAGAUAAAGCGAGCAAGAGAGAGAUUGAGAGAGAGAGAGAAUCAUCUUUAUUCCAUAAAUAUACAAUACUUUACAUGUAUAUGAAUAGCGUUAAUACUACUACUUUGAUUGCAUUCGAUUGACUCGAUUAUUUUCUGGCCUCAUCUACCAAUUCAUUGAUAGAGUAAAGUGCUUUGUUUGUAAGAUACAGUUUGUUCCCCAUAUAAUCAGUUUUCCGUUUCAUUAAAUAUCAAAUUGUGUUUGUCAAUUAUGAUUUGGCUAUGUGUAUUAUAGUCAUGCCGAGCUGUUGGAGAUUAAGCAGAAUUUAUUUUUACGAAUGUUAUUACUUCUGUCACAUAUACGCUAUAUAUGGUAGGGAUUUUAAGCUUAGAGAAUAAAUAUUUUGUUGAAUCAUGUCUCUGUAGAUUCAAUAUAACUCUAAUUGCUUUCUUUUAUUGUUUUAUUAUUUUUUUUUAUAAAGUUUGAUUUACUUGAAUUCAAUAAUAAAUUAUGACUAUUUAAGAAUUCUAUGAUAACUGCCAAGUCGAUAUAAGACUUGGCUCAAUGUCAUCUGCAGAUUUUCCCGUCACUAUCAUGUUAGUGUCAUCUGCAUAAAAAUAAAUUUUGCUUGGAGUGACAUGUUUUGUAAUUCCCCUCAGAUUACAAAUGAAAAGUAAGGGGCCCAAUAUUGAGCCUUGUGGGACCCCAUACCUUAUUGUUUGUUGACUUGAUACAGUUUUUCUUAUAUAAUUACAGCUUAAGUUAUUUUCUGUAAAUUGUGUUUCCACAUAUUUUUUUCUGCUAUUGAGAUAAGAGGUAAACAAACCUUCUUUUUUAUUUAUACCCAAUUCUUUCAGUUUAUCUAAUGACAAUUUGUGAGACACACUAUCAAAAGUAUAUGAUAGGUCAAGAAAAAUCCCUACCACUUUCUUUCCUGCAUCGCCUGAAUUGAUUGUUUUCAAUAAACUCAAUCCCAGCUGUAAUAUUGGAUUUGCCCAGCAAACACCCAUGUUGUUCUUCAUCUGCUAAUGUGUUGAACUCUAAAUAUUUUAGAAGUUGGUUGUAGAAAAUACUCUCAAAGAUUUUUGAAAAAGAAGACAGAAUCGACACUGGCCUGUAGCAGGAGUCAUCCCUUGUAUUACCUUUUUUAAAAAUUGGUAUAACUAUAGAAAUUUUUAGUUUUUAUGGUAAAUGACCUUAUAUAAGAGAAGAGUUUAUUAAGUGUGUUAAAGUCUUUUUGAGAAGUCUUACAGAAUUUUUUAACUUAUUCUCCUGGUCAAGACAUUUUUAUUUUUAGUAAAACUCCUUUUCUAAGCUAGACCUCAAUUUUUAGAGGAACACUAUAUUAUUUUUACAUAGUAUUUUCUGAUAGGUACAACAUUUUAUUCAUCCAUAUCUAAAAAGAAGUUUUUUAGAGAAAUAUUCAUUUCUAUAUUGUGAUUUUGUAAAUAUAGAUAUAACCAAACAUAUUAGUUUUUCUUUUAAUUCCUUAGAAUUAAGCCUUUCAUAAGCAUUUAAGUCCUUUGAAGCUAUAACAUUACUGCUGCUGCAUUCACUAUUUAUUUGUCCAAUUUUUAUACAUUAACUGGCUCCAUUUAAAUUUUUUUCAUGAUACAACAGUUUACAAACCUUCUCAUAUGCAUUAUUUCUAUACAUUUGUAGGACAACAUUUUUUCUGUUGAUUCUCUGUAUCCAUUUGUCCGAUUUUAUAUAGUGUUCAUAUAGGCCUUUUUACUUUUUUUAGAAAAACAUUUGUUUAUAAAUGUCCCCAUAUUCUAUUGGCUUCCUUUUAUCAGACUUACAGUUAUUACGUUUGUAUGACAAAACCCAUUUUGUUCUGGAUGGUUCUGGAAUACUUAAUAAUAACUAAAUAUGAAUAGUACAAUACCACUCUUAAUUAAUAUUUUUACCUUAGUUAAUUCAUUUGUCAAUAAAAAUUAUCAACAGCUGAGAAUUUCCAUAACAAAAGAGAAUUGUUUGGUUCAUACUUUGAUUUUUUGUCUCUAAUUUUUCACUGAGUCCAAGAUUUAUCCGGAUCAUUUUCUCUUUCUAGUAGACAUUUCACUUCUUAUUUGUGAACCAUUUCAAGCAUCGUGCAAUGGUAUUUUUUUAUAAAACCUAUGUCAAUUUUAAUUAAUACAUACUGAAUCAUGUUGCAUAUUGUUUGUUUUAACUAAAAAAUUAGUAUUUAAAAAAUCUGUAUAAAUAUAUGUAAUAUCUAUAAAAUUAAUAUAAAUAUGUUGAAGCAUACUAAAGUUACAAUUAAACAUAUGAACAUGUACAUCGAAUUGAAAAAAUGUUUAUAUGUCCAGCAGAUUUCAUCGUUAUCAUAUUGUGUUGUGUUCACAAAUAUUUAAGCACUGUUCAAAAAUAGAAUUUUAUUUCAAGACAAAAUUGCAGCCAACUAUAGAUUUUUAAAGAGAUACAUUCUUUAAUCAUGUUGAUAAAUUUAUAUUUGCAUUAUGACAUGCAAGAAUACAACAUACAAUGCAUGUUCAAUAGGCAGAUAACCUUUAAUUUUAAAAAUUAGGGGGUUUUUACUAGGUGUUUAUUACCAGUUAAUACCUGGGGGGUUAAACCAAUAAUUAAUAAAAUUACGAACAGUAAAACUGUACUUAUGCAGAGGACUAGACUAAUUUUCAUCGUCCAAGUAUUUUGAAGCUGUUUCUACUUUAUUUUAUACAUUGUCUGUAAAUUUAUGUUUUAAAUUUAUUUUAAUAUUUUAUUAUGUACUUUAUUUCAAUUACUUUUCAGUUUAUUUAUUUAAAUUUAUGCUUUACUUUUGUUGAAAGAUAUCUUUUAAUUAUUUUAUGUUACUAAAUGUAAUGGAUUAACCAGAAUAUUGGGUAUUUUUUAUUUUAAAUUACGUAGUUUUAUUUAGCCUUUAGUUGAGCCCAAAUAAUUUGACAGUUUAAAAAAAAGUCAUUAUUCCUUUUGUAAUAUUUUUAAUUACAUAUUUUAAAUAUAAGUAUUUUUUAAGUAAUUGUGGUAAGAUUUUGGUAAAUGUUUGUGUGACUAGAGUAUAAUACUUAGGCUAGUUCUAACUUUUGUAUUUUUGUACUUUGAAAAGUGAUUUUAAAAUGACAUUAAAAUUGUUUGACUGAA